AUGACGUCGAUGAGCCAGGACAAAUGGAUCGGGCUGAUGCUCGCGGGUUUAAUGAGUGCCGCAGAAAAUACGGCUGGGCUCGCGUCGGAGCGGCUGAGCUACCUGCAAAACCCAAUUUGGUGGGCGGGUAUGGCGACAAUGGUUGUCGGCGAGGUGGCCAACUUUAUUGCUGUCCUGAUAGGUGCUGUUCUUGCAUCGUUUAUCCUUAACGAGCGCCUCGGUGUGAUUGGAAAGGUUGGGUGCGCCUUGUGUCUUGUUGGUACGGUCGUGAUUGUGGUCAACGCGCCCGAAGACCGCGACAUUCAAACUGUGGACGAGAUCCUAGCAUACGCGAUGCAUUGGCCAUUCCUUCUGUAUUGCAUUUUUGUCGCUGUCUUUAGCGUGUUUAUGAUAUGGCACGUCGCGCCCUAUCACGGGCGUCGAUCCCCGCUUGUGUACCUCUCCAUUUGCUCUUUGGUCGGAUCCAUCUCUGUGAUGAGCGUCAAGGCAUUUGGAGUGGCAUUGAAGCUGACGUUCAACGGUAACAAUCAGCUGACGCACGUCUCGACGUACUGCUUUGGGUUGGUGGUCGUGCUAUGCAUCCUUGUCCAGAUGAACUACUUUAACAAGGCACUCGAUCAAUUCGAGACGAAUGUGGUGAACCCCAUCUACUACGUCAUGUUCACAACGUCUACCAUCUUUGCGAGUGUCCUUCUCUUCCAGGGAUUUAACACGAGCGGCGCUGCCGCAGUCUCGCUCUUGGGGGGGUUUCUCACCACCUUUUUUGGCGUCUACCUUUUGAACUUGAACAAAACUGCCGAUCCAGUCGCGCCACGGCAUUCACGUAUUGCAUCGCAGGAUGGGAGCAGGAGCUUUAGCGCAAUGCGAACUCGCCCGAGUGAGGAGCACCUGCGCGACUCGUACGAAUUGGAGCCACAUCAUGAUAUCGAGUCGCGCGUUGGCGGGGUAGAUCCGUUUGUUCUUGGCCACGCCCAAGAUGAGCUACCCAGCGUGCAGCCGUUCCAAAAAUUUCACGACAUACCCCGCGACAAAUAG